GUAAACUUGAUUAUUAUGAUAUAUAAUCGUAAUAUUAUUAUUAGUAAUAGUUUACCACAACUAUUACUAUUUCAAUUGAUCAUGUUGUUAAUUGUAUUAUUAUUAAUUGUAAUUGAUCCGUCGGGUUAUCAUUGUGAUAAAGAUGCUAAUCAAAAAAUCUUUACAAAUGAGGAAUUUAGAAAAAUGGAAGAUGAAAAAUCCAAAGAAAAUAUUAAAAUAUUUGGAAAAGGAGAUUGUCCAGGAAGUCGACAUAAAUGUCCACUGGGUCCAUGGUGUUGCGAUGACCAUGGCAAUGCUAGAGAUUGUCCGCAUUCAUUUUGUCGGGCCAUUUGUUGUCCGGAAAAUUAUACAUGUCGACGAAAAUUCGACGAACCUGAAUCGGAAUUGGAUAGACAAAAUGAUGGCUAUUAUUGCAAAAGUGAUGGUCAAGAUGAUGGUGGACAAAGUGGAGGUCAAAAUGGAGGUCAUGUAGGUCAAGAUCAAGGUGGUCAAGAUCAAGUUGGUCAAGAUGGUCAAAGUGAACAAGGAGGACAAGAUGGAGGUCAAGGAGGACAAGAUGGAGGUCAAGGAGGACAAGAUGGAGGUCAAAGAGGACAAGAUGAAGGUCAAGUAGGUCAAGAUGGAGGACAAGAUGGAUAAUAAUCUAAAAGUUAUCAGUGAUUGUUUUAAAUAAUUAUUAUAAUAGUAUCGCAU